ACUUCGAUGCAUUAUUUGGCCUCUGAUUCUUUCAAUCUGCAGAAGUUUUUAUUUUAUUUUUAUUAAGUUUUACAUCUUUCUUGGCGGAAAUUCCCACCCUUUCUUUAUGCCUUGGAACCGGUUCGUGAGAUUGUGGAAUUCUGGGGUUUAAGGAAAUAUAUGAUAUCCAACUAAAUUCCAUUCCUUUUUGUAGUUAUGUGGGGCUGAUUGUCCACCUUUUGCACGAAUUUGAUGCUUUUUUGUCGUUUGGUUGGAACCCCCAUUGUGCUGGGAGGUUCAAAAUGGUUGCAACCCCAUUGUGUUGGAACCCCAUUAUUAUGUAGAUGACUUUGCUUUAGUUCCCUCUUUGCGUUAUAUUGGUUUUCCAAAGAGGUGAGACAAAGAUUUUGUGAAUUUAAGAGAUCCAAUGGUAAUGGUACUUUGAGUGCUACCUCUUUGGGAUUGGGAUUCAAUUUGAAGUGGAGAAAGGUUUCUUUGCAGGGUUUUUCCCUAAACAAUUAGCUGAAAGAAGUAGGGCUGAAUGGUACUUGUAGUAGUAACCAGAAGAUUUUAUUAAUCUUUGAUGAAUACUUUGCAUUGAGAGGACUUUGGGAACUUAACAAUCCACUUAAAUGGAUCUGGAGACUGAAAACAGAAUAGCUGCUAUCCUUAUGAGGGAAGCAGCUGAAUUGCGGCGACAGUCUGAAAAGGAAGGUGUUCUGGCUUAUCUUUGUAAGCCUAAUAUACGAAGUCGGCCAAAUUCACGUUUCCUCACUGCUACUGUGCGUGGGGUACAACAAGCAAAUCGAGCUGUUGAAGUGAAUGAGAUGUGGCGAGUGCGGCAGAAAGAACUGGAGCUGGAUAAACGGGUUAAAGGCACAUCGAUAGAUAAAAGUAGUGGAGACAGAAGCCAUAGUGAUGGUAACUCAUCAAGAAGCACGGGAAGACAAGCUGUUAUUGAUGAUAACACUAGAACCUCUGCUUCAUGCUCAAGUAAAAGAGAAUAUGAGCUGGAUAAACGGGAUAAAGGCACAUCAAAAGAUAAAAGCAGUGGCGACAAAAGCCAUAGGGUUGGGAACUCAUCAAGAACCACAGGAAGACAUGCUGUAGUUGAUAAAAGCACUAGUGCCUCUGCUUCAUGCUCAAGUAAAAGAGAAUAUGAGCAUAGUCCAGAAGGUUUAAAGGAUGAUGAGCUUGAGGAGUUUCUACACUCAAGGACCAAGAGAGGCAGAGGUGCUGUUGGUCCAAGGAUGGAUGAGACUGGACCUUACCUUCCUCCUCAUCCAUAUGGGGAGCCUAGUACUAGUUAUGAUGUAAGGGAACGUCGGGUUAUUUAUGGUCCUGAAAGGCCUCCAUCAUUGAACUCAUAUGAAUCUUACGAAGAGGAGCUUCAUGAAGGAAGUCAGAAAAAGAAUAAGAAGUCUUACACUAGCAACUCGGACAAGGUGCAUUCUAAGAAGCACAGGUACAAAGAGAAAUCUAAGCAUAAUAAAAAGAAAGGAAAGGAUAAAAGAAGUAAACAUCGUUGCUAAGGCUAUGUUGUAAUGUUAUAUUAUCACAGAUGAAGGUUAUAACUUAGGGAUACAGGCAAUUUGAAUGAAACUCAUGUUUGUACUUUGUACAUAUAUUUUCUGGAUCAUCAAAUGCAAUUCCGGCUA